AUGACCGCUCCAUCCACAUUUACAAUUUUAACUUUUGGAGGAUUCCUCUUUUUCUCUAUAGUUGGAAUUGCAAUAUCCAACAAGUAAGUAUUAUGCUUAUAUAGUUAAAUUUAUGAUAUUACUUUGAAAUUACUCUUGACUAUUGUGUUAGUUGUGAUAAUUUAUGAAUUUUUCUUUAAAAAUAAAAAUGAGAAACCUGUUAUGAUAAAAUCACCAUAUAAAUAAAUAAAUUUUAGUGCAUUUGAAAGGAAUUAAGAGUUCAUUUAAUAGCCAGAAUAUAGAGGUAUUUAAUUAAUGCAAUGAUUAAGGAUAAUAAUCAGAAAUAAUUCAUACUCAAACAGAGUCUGUAGAAAGACAAAUCCCUUAAGAAAGGGAAAGAAUCUUAAGUAAGGAGUAAAGAAAAAAUAAUAUGAAAAUGUGUAAUAUAUAUGAUUGUUAUUAUUUUAGAUUUUUUGUAAGACAGAGAGAAUGAAGAAUGGCCUAUGCAAUACAAAAAUGGUUCUAAUAGACAAUAUUAUGUUGAUGAUACUCGAUCAUAAUAUAGUAUGGCUCAAACUUUGUCUUAUUAAUAAAUUCAAUCUCAUGGUAUAAACAGUUAUAAUAAUAAAUAAUAAAAUGGUACUCCAGAUUAUGAAAUUCAAUAAAAGAGUAAGAAUUCAGAAGCAAUAUUAUCUAAAUUAAUUAAAAAAAUGAGUGAUGCUCAUUAAAAAGCAGAAGAAUUAUUUAUGAAGUCAUUUAUUCCAACAUUUGUUAAAGAAUUUUAGGAUCAUCUUGUAAAUGUGAAUAGAAUGAUGAAAGAGCAUUUUCAAUAAAAAGUAAUUGAAAUUGAUAUCUUUUUUGCCAAUAAACCCUAUGAUAUAAAUUCAAAUAAACAUGAGAAAUCUAUUGGACUUAAAAGUAUUACAAUGGAAGAUGUUUUCUUUCUUAAAAAUUAAAUAAAAAGUAGAUCUAGAGAACCAGUAAGAGCACCUGUUAAUGUUGAGAAAUUUGCAAAAGAAAAAGCAGAAUUCAUUAAAGAAUGUGAUCUAUUGGAAUUAUUUUGUAAUAUAUUAGAUGUAUCUCUUAUUAACAGAAAAAUGUUAAAUGAUAAAAAACUAUUUUUAACUAAAUUAAUCGAUUUUUCAGAAAAUAAUUGUAAACCCAAAUAUCUUUCUGAUGGUUUAAAUGAAAAAAUGAUUAGUGAUUAUGAAGUAAGAUUAUAUUUAUAUAAAGUUACUCUUUACUGUUUUCAUUAAUGUUCUCAUAAAAUGUGUUAAAUAUGAAAAACAGAAAUAUAAUAAGGAUAAUAAUGAAUUAAAUUUAAAUGCAUGGAAAUCUAUUGAAGUUAGCUUAAUUAGAAUUGAGAGUUUAGGUAAUAGUGAAUGUAUAAAUUAAAAUGUUUCAUAAAAUUUAAAUGAAUCAUCAACUACUAAUCAAACAUCAAAACAAACUGAAUAAAUUAAGUAAAAUAUAUAUAAUUUAAGUUAGAAAUCUAAUUAUCAAUUAAAGAUUGGAAUAAUAUGUAACUGAACCUCAAUUUCAUUAUUAUAGUGAUUAUAUAGUCAAAGCUUUAAAUAAGGAUAAAGAGAUUAAGACAUUUAAAUUAGAAAAUAUAUUAUAUACUCCUAGAGUAAUAUAUAUUAUUUAUUAAAUUUAGGAUUAAAAUUCAUUAUAUUGUUUAAUAAGCUAUUAUCUUCUUCAUUUGUUAAAUGUUCCAAAAUAACAUUAGUAAUAAUUGUAAUAGAUGGAAAUGGAUUAAAAAAUGAUCAAAUGCUUAAUUAGAAUGUCAAAAGAUUUUUCAUAUUUAGUAGCAAAUGUGUGAUUUAAUUAUAUUAAUUUUAAUUUUAAGAUAUGUAUAAAUCAAUUAUUAGUGGUCAUUUUCAAUAAAAGAUGAAGGAAUAGUAAAAACUAUUAUGGAGAUAUAUAAUUCUUGGCUUAAAUACUAAGUUAAUUUGUCAAACUAUAUGCUUUAAUUUAUGUUUGAAUUGUCAUUUGUUAAUAAAAUAGAUAUUAUUACAAUAGUAACUUAAAAAUGCAUUAUUACCAUAAUAUUGAAACUUCUUUAUAUCUAAUUAUUUGAUAAAUCUUAAUUUUAGUAUGGUCAAAGCUACUUAAAAGUAGUAAGUGUAAUAAGUUGUAUAUAAGUAUUAACAUCUAUAAUUGGAUUAUUUUUAUUGAAAACUUUAUUUGUUGGGCAAGUAAACAUAACCGACUAGAUGAUUGUAGCAUAUACACUAAUAUAUAAAAUGAGCAUUGAAUAUGGAGAUAAUUCUAAUCUAUUGAUUUCAUUAAUAAUGGUUUCACUCAUUUUAUAUACUGGAAACAUUUAGUAUCAACUUAUUUGUCUCUUUUAACCAUUAAGUUUAGUAUUUAUAUAGUUUAUAAAAUAUUUGAUGAACAAUGAAAUUGAAUAAUUUUAAUUAUUAUUAUAUACGAAUCUCAUAGGAUUGCCCAUUUACAUUAUGUUAAGUUUGUUUAUUUUAAAUGUAUAAAAUAUCUUUGAUAUGACAUAUUUUUUGUAAUUAUAUUUAUCUAUUUAGCUAUAUUCUAACAAUGUGUAUUUCUUAAAUGCUUGUUUAUUUGGCUUUUGAAGAAUUAAAAAAAUAAUAGUUAUCUUAUCUGUACAUUUGGACUCUCUUUGGUUGUAUACUUAUGCUAUGCUUGGUUUUUAAAUAUAGAUAAGAUGAAGUUAUUUUGAUAUUUGGACCAUUAUUAGUGAUAUUAAUAAUGUUUGCAUCAAUAAGUAUACAGAGAUAGACUUGA